AUGGCCCGGCUGCUGCGAUACACCUGCCACAAGAAUCUGGGUAGCGGCGCGCUGCGGCGCGGUCAGCACGAGACCGCGCUGGCCGGCCUGCUGACGGCUGCAGCCAUUGAUGACUCGGACGUCACACUGUGGUACAAGGUGGGCGUAGCGGCGUACCGGUGCGGCCGCUACCACCAGGCCCGGUCUGCCUUCAAACAGGGCCUGGCCUGCAGCCCCGGGCACUGGCCGUGCAUGGACAGCCUCGUCUCGGUUCUCUACCUGCUGAACGACUUCGAGGAGUGCGUGCUGCGCCUGAGCGCUGCGUUCCGGCGCGACCCGCAGUACACGCGGGGCCGGGCGCUGGUGGACCUGAUGCUGAAGGAACAGCCGUCCCUGCGAGACACCAUGAGACCCUUCCUGCCGGACGGUGACUCGACCCUCUCGGGCCGGGAGUACGACCCGGCGGCCGGCGAGCGACUGACCAAGGAGGCGGUGACGCUCCGCAGCCAGCGGCGGGAGCAGCAGCGCCGGCCGCGGCCGCUGGCGCCGCUCAGUCUGAGCCGACCGCCAGCCGCCGCCUCCUGGGAGGAGGUCGGGCGGAGCCUGCUGCACCUCUACAAACACGUCACCGACGGUGGCGCCGCCCUGAGCCUGCUGUCACCUGUCGAGCUGGAGCCCACUCUGGCCCGGCUGCAGCGGGGUGAAGCCGCCUCCCCGCCGCCCCCACCCCCGCCCGACGGGGAGCAGCAGGAGACGCGGUCCGGCCGCGCCGCCGGCCGACACGUCACUUUCCGGGACGAGGAGACCGUCCGACGCCGGCUGGAUCUGGACGGGACGGGAGUGAGUUUCGAUGAGUCGUGGCACUCAGCGUUCACAGCCACCUCAGCCCUGCGCCGUUCCACCUGCAGUGACCCGGAGGAGGGUGAGAUUCGAUCCGACAGCGGGUCCGCGGAUGAAGACGCCGAGUCGCCAGGGCGAUGCAAGCACCCGAAGCUGAUGCUCCCAAGAUGCAAGUACCCGAGGCUGAUUUCUCCAAAGAAGCUGAUGCUCCGCAAGCACUCGAGGCUGAUGCUCCUAAAGAACAGGUUCCCAAAACGGAUAGUCCGAAAGAACAUUUCCCUGAAGCUGAUGACCCGAAAGUGGAAAAAUCCGAAACUCAUGAUCCAAAACCUGAAGCGCAAACCGAAAGUGUCGCUGAUGAAACUCAUCCUGAAAAUGACUCCGAACAGCCACUCUUUAGAGUCAUCUGUGUACGAGGAGGAGAAUCCGCUUCCGCUUGGCGUUAACGAGGGCGUACUCUCGGAGGAGAAAAUGGUGGAAAGAUCACCUGGUAUGGACGCGGAGCAUACUAAGCAACAGAAAGAGGAGGCGAGUACAGCGAUAGACCAAGACGUAGACAUGAGCGUGGAUUGCGCAGAUCAGGAAACGAGCUUGGGUGAAAUAGAUGAUCCGGGGUCUGAAGUAAAAGAUAAAGAGCAGCAAGAUCAGGAACCGGGGCGCAAGGAUAAUGCCACCGUGGACAAAGCUGAUGAUAAAGUGGAAGAGAAUAAAAUGGAUGAUGACGACGAUGGCACUCCUCAAAGUGAACACCGUGAAGCACCUGAUGACGCCAACCUGAAACACCAGGCUGAUCAGGAUAAGAAUGGAUGUGGGGACUCGGUGGAAGAACGCAACCCUAGUGAUGAGAGCGCAGCGGAAGAACGCCAGCCCAGUGAAGAAGCGGCAGACAAACCGCAAACUGACGUGAAAACAACCAUUUCUAGUGACAAGGAAGAUGGUGAGCAUCGCGGUACCAGCGGGGAGUCAGGCGAUGACUGUACUGCCGCCGAGAGUGGCGACCAGGAAAAACGACAAGUGUCUGCCGAAAGCGAGCAUCGUGCUGAGAGCGAGAAGAGGGCCGAUUCAGCUGAGGAUAGACGCGGUACAUCCACGGAGGAGGGGGAGAGGGACGCACGGGGCAGUGAGGAAUCCUCAGGUGAGGAGAGAGGCGCGGAGUCGGCCCGCGUGGAUCAGCCGGAUCCUACUGACGACAGUUGCGCCGGCGCGGAGACGGCCGGCUCCGCUCAGGCGUCCGACACAGGCGCCGAGUCGGAGCCAGCCGCUCCCGCCGCCGGCCGACGACGGGGCGGCAAGCGCAAACGCAACAUUCUCGACUCACUGAAGAUGUGGCCGCGUAAUGACCCGGCAGAGAAGCGGCGGAGUAAGCGCUCACGCACGGCUGGAGGUUUGCGCUACGAGGAGCCAGCUGGGGGAGAUGAGGUCGCCAACCACCGCGAGACAUUCUCGGCGCUGAUUCCUGCCGCUCUGCGCUACGACCGCUCCUCGAUGAAGAUUGGCGAGGCCUCUCCGCGAAGGAAGGCUGCUGAUCUGGCCGGGGACGGUGGUGACCAGCCGGUACCACUCUCUGAGGAUGAGCGUGACGCCGUGCUGGCCUGGGUGGCGUCGCACGCAGAGAACGGCGGCGCAGUGCGCCUGCUCUGGGCGUACCUGGACAUGCUGGAGACACUCAGGGACCGCCGCUGGCCGUCCGGCCUCGCUGAGCUGUUCACUGAGCUGUAUGAGUUGGCGCGGCCUCACACCACCCGGCCAGAACCGUUCGAGUUGGAGGUGACGGCCGACUCGGCGCCGGCUCUGCGCCGACAGGUGCUGCUGGCGCUGCUGUACGCAGAACUGCGCGUCGACUGUAGUCUGGCCGAUGGCGCCGGCGCUGAGGGCCUUCAGCUGGCAGAGGAGGAGCUGUCCUGGCUGGGAUUCCUCGUACACCGUGAGGAUGUGUUGGAGAAGAAACAACCCGCCACGCUGCUCCGUUUCGGCUGGUGCUCCAGCAAGCUGUGCCGACUGCAGGGUGAUGCACCGCUGGCCAUGGCGCAACUGCGCGAGCUGGAACAGUGGUACGAGCGAACCCCGGCCGAGCGACGACCCACCGUCCGUCUGGCCAACGCUGCCACUGAGCGGCUGAUCUCUCAGCAGUCGGUGCAGCGGCAGCUGGCCUCGCUGCAGCGCGUGCACGACCUGGGCAGUCUGCAGCGGCUGUACGACCAGCAGCGGCUCGAGGACGUAGUAGACGUGCUGGCCGACACGUUCGGCGGCUCCGGCUCGGCGGUGAAGCUGCCGCAGCCGACAGCUGGCGGCGAGCCGCUGCCGCACCGCAGCCGUCAGCUGCUGAUGAUGGUGGACGCGCUGCAGCGACUGGAGCGGCCGCGCGGCGAGCUGGCCGCCUACGCCGAGUCGUGUCUGCACGAGGCGCUCCAGUCGUACCUGGCGCUGGACGAGCCGGCCGAGCGGGCGUGCUGGGCGGACGCGCUGCUCGGGGUGCUGGCCGCCCUGCAGGCCUGUCUGGAGCGCGGUGAUGACUGGAUGGAGACGUUGGAGCCGCCGCGCCGCUGCCGCCUGACUGAGAAUCUCCUCCACCUCACCGUUCACCAGCUGAACUGCGCUGACGCGAUCAUUCUGCCUCUGGAGACGGUGACGCCGUGGCUGCUGCUGCACCACGCUAUCGCCACUGCCGAGCGCAGUGCGUCUGGCUCUGGCCCUACCGGCGGUGGCCGGCCGCGGACUAUGCCGGCCGCCCUGCGGUUCCUCGUGGAGGCACACGAGGCGCUGGGCGCCCGCUCGUGGUGCUGCACGGACGGCGGUGCGCUGCUGUUGCGUAGUGUCGACCACUUACUGCCGGCUCUGGACGCCGCUGACGACCUGCCGUACGACGAGCAGCUCCGCCGCGAGCUCGAGCAGUGCUUCUUCUGCCUGUACGGCCACCCGGAGAGGCGGCGCGCGGCUCGGGAUCUGCAGGAUCACGGCGUUCCACCAGUGACGCUCACCUGGCCCCGCGCGCAGCUGCUCUACUACUACUUCUGUCCGUGUGAGCUGCCGCGAUUUGACUCGUACCGCGACCUGAGCAUCUCCGCCGACGAUGAGGCGCUGUUCCAGCGCGUCAUGGCACUGGUUCCUGAGGAGAGCUCGCCGGACCGACUGUGGCGCGCGCUGGAGGAGUUUGUCACGGCGUCUGAGGAGCAGCGCCCGCCGCCGCCGGCCGUGCUGCCCGCCACCAGCGUCACCAAAAACCUCUACUACCUUGUGGCCGACUUCCGGUUCAAGAACCGCCAGUGGGAGACGAUCGCGCCUCAGCUGGAGUCGCUCGAGUUCUAUGCGCGCGACCUGUGCAUCAACCCGGAGCGGCGCGACUCAUGGGCGGCCAUGGCGCUAACACGCGCCUCGGAAGUGGGCCGCGAGCUGAACCUGUGCCGCCGGCCCAGCGAGGACGCACCAGAGCUGUGGAGCCGCGUCGAGGCGGCCGUGCGCUGCUAUCAACGCGCGCUGGAACUCGAUCCGAGCACUCACGACCUGUGGCUCGAGUUCGGGACGUUCUCCUACAUGCUCAACUCGCACGCCAACCGGCUGCUCAGACAGGAGUCGAGCGGUGACCUGGACCUGGCCACUUUCGGCCGGCUGGAGGCGAUCGCCGCGCGGAUGGCCGGCCAGGCGGCCGAGUGUUUCCAGCGCGCCGAGGAGGUGGCUGUCGAACAGGCGGCCAUGGAGGACGGAGAGUUCUACGACGACCGCUGGCUCCACCACUACAUGCUCGGAAAGAUCGCCAGCAAAGACGACCAGCCCGUGCAGCGGGUGCUUGCUCACUAUCAGAAGGCUCAGGAGCUGCUGCGCGACGCCGAGUGUCCGCGGAAGAUCAACUAUCAGUCGCCGCCGCACCAGGCGCUCGAGGCGCUCGAGGUGUACUACCGCACACACGCCACCGUGCUCAAGUACCUGCUGCAACACGAGCAGCAGGCCCUGGACGGGGAGGUGCGGCGCGCCAUCGUCUGGCACCUGGACGCCAUGGAGCAGAGCGCGCUGCCGAUAAAGCCGCAGAAUGAGCGUGAGGGAGAGCUGAAGCGGAAGCGCGACCCGUCCUGCUCCGAAGACCCGGUGGAGGUGAAGCGACUCAAACUGGACGAGGCAGCGGCCACCUGCGCGGUAACGCUCUCGCACAAGAUCCUGGCGUCGGCGGUAUCUGAGGCGCGGGCGCGACUGUCGGGACUCGAGCCACCCAGUGAGCAGGAGGGCCUGGGAGCCGCGUCCGCGACCCCAGCACCGGCAUCGACCGAGGAGCGUGCGCCGACGGUAGCUGAGGGGACCGAACAGCGUCCAUCGCCGGCGGCUGAGGGAGCCGCUCCGGUGUCUGCUUCUACCUCUCAAUCAGCGUCGACUCCGACAACGGUAGUGACGGCGUCGGGAGCUGCACCGUCGGCGGCACCGGCAGCUGCGGCAUCGUCGACGGCGGCGGAGGCCGUCUCUGACGAUGACGUGGUCCUGCUCAGCGACGACAGUCGCCCAGCAGCCCCGGCGGCCCCGGCGGCGAAGGAGGAGGAGCCCGACCCCGGCCACAGGCGGCUGGUGGCCCGCUGCGUGGAGGCGCUGCACCAUGUCAUCAAACGGUUCCCUGAGCACUACAAGUCUGUCUACAGACUGGCGCACUACUAUUAUACCAGCAAAACCAACCGACAUCUGGACUGGGCACGUGACCUGCUGCUCGGCUGUGCCGACUGGCAGACUAAGAGCCACAUGCCCACGUUUGGCCUGUUCGCCGAGAGAAAACCCAACAACUUCUUCCAUGGCAUCUGGCGUAUUCCGAUCGAGGACAUUGACCGGCCGGGAAGUUUCGCCGCGCACAUGUACCGCUCCGUGUCGCUGCUGGCCGACGUGCUGCGCGCCGCGGACGAUUUCCGCACGCUGCUGCAGCUCUCCGACUGGCUCCGGCCCAUGCCGGACGAUGACAAGAAGUACCUGCGGGACGCGGAGCGCGAGCAGCUGGCCGGCCACGCGUUCAACAUGGGCCUGCAGUGUGCGCGCGCCACCUUCCGGCGACUGUUCAAAGCUCAGUCUCCCGUGUCGGGCACCAGGCGGCUCUACUUCCUGCUAGGCCUCUAUGAGACCCAUGCAGGGAUGCGGCCGCGGCGGAGACCUAAGAUCGCGCGACUUCUGGAGGAGACGUACAAAUUGUUCAGGGGCGGCAAGGUUGAGUCGGAGCCGCCGCUGCUGCAGCAGGCCAUUUCUUACUGCCGCUCCCAAGUGAACGCCAUUCAGCAGGCCAAGAUGCAGGGCGCUCCCGGCGGGCCGGCGCCGAUGGCCCGCGGCUCCGGCGGCGUGACUCGCGGCACGGGCCGCCGUGGCCGACCGCCCCUCUCCGGCAGCCGUGGCCGCGGCCGUCCGCCGGGCUCUGCCACCGCCGUCACCGGCGGCCGGCUGCCGUCCAUGCAGGACCAGCUACGGCAGCUGCAGGCGGCGGUGGAGGCCGAGCGGCUGCGGCAGCUGCAGCAGGUGUGGGCCGAUCAGCUGGGCAGCCGAGCCACCUCCGUCCAGGCGGACGUGGAGGCCAACUACCGGCGACUCCUGCAGCUGCAGCGGGCCGGACAGCCGGCGAGCGAACAGAGCAAACCCGCGCAGACGCCGGCCAAACCGGCCCAGACACCAGCCAUACCAGCUCAGGUGACAGUGGAACCCGUACAGACAGUACCCAAGUCGACGGCAGAAGCGCUUACGAAACCACCGUCACAGACGGUACCCCAGCCGGCGGUAUCGACAGCUACCAAACCAGCGACUUCGACAUCCAAGCCACCAGCGCCAGCGGCUAAGCAGCCGGUCUCAGCUCCAGCUCCUAUGCCGGCCCGGUCGGCUCCGGAGACUACGGCGGCCAGUCGGACGUUAGCUCAGGCAGCCUCCGGUGGUGCUGACUUGUCCGUGCUGGCGGCCCUCUCUCACGCCGGUCUCACUAUUACCACUGUGAGUCAGGAGAGUCCCCCGCCUUCCGUCACCCCCGCGCAGUCGCGACCCACCCCGCCGCCGCCGCAGCAGGCCGCGAAACCACGCUUUUCAGACGCGUUUAGAUCGGAGGAGGUUAGUCAGACGGCAACGGUUCCAGUGCCGGCGCGAUCACAGCCUCAGACAACAGCGGCGCCGACGCGGCCACAGCCGUCCCAGCCGCAGACAACCAAGCCACAGCCGCCGCAGACGACCAAGCCACAGCCGCAGCAGACGGCCAAGCCGCAGCCUCAGGCGACACCCAAGCCUCAGCCUCAGGCGACAUCCAAACCACAGGCGACAACUAAGCCCCAGUCGCAGCCGACAUCUAAGCCCCAGCCGCAGGCAAUAUCGAAGUCUCAGUCGACAUCCAAGCCGCUGCCACAGGCCUCAGCCAAGCCUCGGUUCUCUGACGCGUUCCGGGGGACGGAGAACGGUCAGCCGUCGGCGGCCGCGCUGCCGGCCCUGCCCAAGUCGCUCACGGUGAAGGAGGUAUCGGUACCGGCCUCGUCGGCAUCUGUCGCGGCGUCGGCAGUGGCGUCGGCGGCCACCGGUCGCACCUCCGAUUCGGUUAGGGUUUCGGUAUCGCCGGUGCCGCCAAAGGACGGACGGGCCGCGGCUGAGACUCUGCGAGCUGUGAAGGCGACUCCGGGGAUGACCAUCACUCCGACUAGUGGAGGUAGUAGGACGACCCCUCCGACCAGCGAGACGAGACCGUCGACCAAGGAUGGGUCUAUCUCUGUGGCGACAGUGACACCGACCAAGCCGUCAGCCAGCGCGGCGGCGGUCUCGAAGACGCCGGAGAAGGCGGCGGCUCCGUCGGAACGUCUUCCGUCGGAGGUAUCUGUCAGUGUGUCGGCCGGCGGCGGUUCCGUCAGCAUCACCCCUCUGUCGACCUCCCGGCCGGCUGUCACCACGGCCGCGGAGACUCCGAGCGUGUCUCUGACUCCAGCGGUGCCGCGGCCCCAGCCGAGACCGGUCGCCAGGGAUCGACCCCGUCCGCGGCCGACCGCUACUGCCACCGCGCUGCUGCGCCAGUACCGGAGCCGGCCGCCGCCGCCGCCGCUGCCGCGCCUUCCCAGCGGGAUGACGGUGACGCCUAGCCGUGCUCCGGCGCCGGCGCUGCCGUCUCACAUCUCCAUCACACCGGUGUCGGCGGCGCCGCGGCCGGCCCCCAUCCCGGCCGAGCUGGCCCGCGCGGCCGCCGGCGGACUCUCCAUCACCCCAGUGGUGCCGCCGGUUCGGCUGGUGUCCAGACCGCGGCUGGCGGCUCCCUCCGGCGCGCCGCGGCCGCCCCCGCCGCCUCGCCAGUCCUCCCAGCGGCCGGCGCGACAGCCGGCCGUCCGACAGCCGGUGGUGGCGCUACAGAAACUACCGCCGAGCGUUCUGCCGUCGCGGCCGGCCGGUGCCCCCACCCAGCGGGCCGGCAACCAGCGGCCGGUGGCCGGCUCGGCCCGGCCCGCACACUCAUCAGCCGGUCCUCAGCGGCCUAUGGCGGGCGCCGCUCGCCCCGCGCACUCGUCAUCAGCCGGCUGGUCGCAGCGGGCUCCGCCGGCCACGGCUGCGGCUCCGGCGCGUAACCGGCCGUCGUUCUCUGCGGGUCUGCCGCGCCAGAGGCCGGCGGUGGAUAUGGGACAACUACCGGCCUCUAUCUCAGUCACCCCUGUAGUGGUACCGGCCCAGCCGGCCAAGCCGAAACAGUCAGGAGGUAGUGAUGAUGACGUGAUCUGUAUCGACUGAUCUCCAGAGAUUUCCAUCCGUGACAGGGGUCAGCGUGACUGCCAAUCGUGCUGUGAACUGUUUUCCUAGUCCUUUUGUUAGCCUCGUUUGUGUACCGUUGUAUUUAAAAAUGUGAGGUCGUGGAAAAGUAAAUUUUGGAAACAUUUGGAGCCUGGAGGGUCUGCCAAUAGCAGACAAUGCCUACAUGUUCAGCUGGAGCGAAUUGACCCAGUUGCUUCUUAUCAAAUUCCAAUCGUCUUUAUUGUUCUCCAAUGCCCAGUCAAGCCACAGGACACAUGACUGCAGGCUGCGCCUUGUGAAAUGUUUUGUAUCUUGUAAUAUGCUUUGUAAUAAAAUACUCAAUUAUU